GAGGACGCCGGGACAUCCGGAAGCUGGGAAAUGGAAGCAUUGCUUGGGGAAAAGGAACAAGUACAGUUGGAAUGUUGACAUUCAAGGACGUGUCUAUAGAGUUCUCUAUGGAUGAGUGGGCCUGCCUGGACCCUACUGAGCACACUUUGUAUCGGGACGUCAUGUUGGAGAACUACAGACACCUGGUCUUCCUAGGUCUUGCUGUCUCUAAGCCAGACCUCAUCACCUGUCUGGAGCAAAGCAAAGAACCCUGGAUGGUGAAGACUCACCAGACAGUAGUCAAGCACCCAGAUGUAUCUAAUCAUUCUACCCAAGACCAUUUCCAAGAACUGGACACAAAUAUAUUAUACCCAGAGAUAACACUGAGAAGAUAUCAAAGCUGUGGCCUGGAGAACUUAAACUUAACAAAAGACUGGGAAAGUGUUUCUGAAUGUACUCAGCAGAAAGUAUGUUACAGUGGAUGUGACCAAUGUUUAACAGCUAGCCAUGGCAAAGUCUGCCAAUGUAGUAAAUAUACGAGAGUGUUUAGACAUUUGUCAAAUCUAAAUAGACAUAACAUGAUAUAUACCAUCGAGAAAAUGUUUAAGUAUGAAAAGUAUGGGAAAGCCUAUAACCACUGCUCACACAUUACUAAAUGUAAGAUAAUGCAUAUUGGAGAAAAACAGUACAAAUGUAAAGAAGGUGGCAAAGUCUUUAAAUUUUGCUCAAGCCUAUCUAACCAUAAGAAACUCCACCCUGGGGAGAAACUCUAUAAGUUUAAAAAUUAUGGGGAAUGUCUUAGCCACAGAUUAAAAUAUUAUAACCAUAAGAGUAUUAAUACUGGAAGAAAAGCCUACAACUAUAAAGAAUGUGAUGAACUUACCAAUCAGUACUCACAUCUUUCUGGACAUGAAAGAAUUUAUUCUGGAGAGAAACACUACAAAUGUCAAGAAUGUGGCAAAGCCUUUAACAAUAGUGUAACCCUUACUAAACAUCAAAGAAUUCAUUCUGGGGAGAAACCCUACAAAUGCGAAGAAUGUGGCAAAGCUUUUAAGCAGUACCCAAGUCUUUCUAGACAUAAAAGAAUUCAUUCUGGAGAGAAACCCUACAAAUGUGAAGAAUGUGGAAAAGCCUUUAACUGGUACUCAACACUUUCUGUACAUAGAAGAAUUCAUUCUGGAGAGAAACCCUACAAAUGUGAAGAAUGUGGCAAAGCCUUUAAUGGUAAUUCACCCCUUACUAAACAUCAAAGAAUUCAUUCUGGGGAGAAACCCUACAAAUGUGAAGAAUGUGGCAAAGCCUUUAAACAGCACUCACACCUUUCUGCACAUCGAAGAAUUCACUCGGGAGAAAAACCCUACAAAUGUGAAGAAUGUGGCAAAGCCUUUAAGCUGUACCCAGGUCUUUCUAGACAUAAAAGAAUUCAUUCUGGAGAGAAACCCUACAAAUGUCAAGAAUGUGGCAAGGCCUUUACGCACUACCCAAGUCUUUCUAUACAUAAAAGAAUUCAUUCUGGAGAGAAACCCUACAAAUGUCAAGAAUGUGGCAAAGCCUUUAAGCAGCACUCAAUCCUUUCUGUACAUCAAAGAAUUCAUUCUGGAGAGGAACCCUACAAAUGUCAAGAAUGUGGCAAAGCCUUUAAGCGGUACCCAAGUCUUUCUAAACAUAAAAGAAUUCAUUCUGGAGAGAAACCCUACAAAUGUCAAGAAUGUGGCAAAGCCUUUAAGCAGUACCCAAGUCUUUCUAGACAUAAAAGAAUUCAUUCUGGAGAGAAACCCUACAAAUGUGAAGAAUGUGGCAAAGCCUUUACUCUGCGUUCAUCCCUUUCUGUACAUAGAAGAAUUCAUUCUGGAGAGAAACCCUACAAAUGUGAAGAAUGUGGAAAAGCCUUUAUCUGGUACUCAAAACUUUCUGUACAUAGAAGAAUUCAUUCUGGAGAGAAACCCUACAAAUGUCAAGAAUGUGGCAAAGCCUUUAAUGAUAUUACAACCCUUACUAAACAUCAAAGAAUUCAUUCUGGGGAGAAACCCUACAAAUGUGAAGAAUGUGGCAAAGCCUUUAAUGAUAAUUCAACCCUUACUAAACAUCAAAGAAUUCAUUCUGGGGAAAAACCCUACAAAUGUGAAGAAUGUGGCAAAGCCUUUAAACAGCACUCACACCUUUCUGAACAUCAAAGAAUUCACUCAGGAGAAAAAUCCUACAAAUGUGAAGAAUGUGGCAAAGCCUUUAAGCAGUACCCAAGUCUUUCUAAACAUAAAAGAAUUCAUGCUGGAUAGAAACCCUACAAAUGUCAAGAAUGUGGCAAAGCCUUUAACCGGCACUCAAUCCUUUCUCAACAUCAAAGAAUUCAUUCUGGAGAGAAACCCUACAAAUGUGAAGAAUGUGGCAAAGCCUUUAAGCAGUACCCAAGUCUUUCUAAACAUAAAAGAAUUCAUGCUGGAUAGAAACCCUACAAAUGUCAAGAAUGUGGCAAAGCCUUUAAGUGGUACUCAAUCCUUUCUGUACAUCAAAGAAUUCAUUCUGGAGAGAAACCCUACAAAUGUGAAGAAUGUGGCAAAGCCUUUCACACUUUCUAGACAUAAAAGAAUUCAUUCUGGAGAAAAACCUUACAAAUGUGAAGAAUGUGGCAAAGCCUUUAAGAAUAGUUCAACCCUUACUAAACAUCCGAGAAUUCAUUAUGGAAUGAAACCCUAGAAAUGUGAAGAAUGUGGCAAAGCCUUUACUCGGAGUUCAUCCCUUUUUGCACAUCAAAGAAUUCAUUCUGUAGAGAAACCCUACAAAUGUGAAGAAUGUGGAAAAGCCUUUAACUGGUACUCAACACUUUCUGUACAUAGAAGAAUUCAUUCUGGAGAGAAACCCUACAAAUGUCAAGAAUGUGGCAAAGCCUUUAACCGGAACUCACACCUUUCUGUGCACCAAAGAAUUCAUUCUGGAGAGAAACCCUGCAAAGUCAAGAAUGUGGUAAAACCUUUAAUUAGUGUGUAACCUUUCUAAAAUACAAGAAUUCAUUCAAGGGAGAAACCUUAUAAAUAUGAACACUGUGGCAAACCCUUUAUUCACAUUCAAACCUCACUGUACAUAAAAUAAAUCAUACAGGACAGAAACCCUACAAAUAUGAAGAAUGUGGAAGUAUCCUUACCUGGUGUUCAUGGCUUGCUAAGGAUAAAAGAAUUCACACUGGAGAGAUAUUCUAGAAAUGGGAACAGUGUGGUAAUGCCUUUUACUGGAGCUCAAACGUUAGAACACAUAAGAAAAUUCAGAUUGGAAAGAAAUUUUACAAAUGUGAAUGAUGUGGCAAAAAUUUUCAGUGGUCUUCAGCCCUUAGUAAAACAUAAGAGAAAUCAUAGCAGAGAAAAACAGUAACAUUAUGAAGAUGUUAUGCCAGUAGUGACAGUUUUUUUACAUAAUAGAAUUCUUUUUUUGUUUUUUGUGACAGUGGCUUACUAUGUCACCGUCGGUAGAGUGCGGUGACAUCACAGCUCACAGCAACCUCCAGCUCUUGGGCUUAGGCAACUCUCCUGCCUCAGCUUCCCAAGUAGCUGGGGCCACAGGCACUGGCCACAAUGCCUGGCUAUUUUUUGUCGCAGUUUGGCCAGGGCCGGGUUCAAACCCGCCACCUUCAGUAUAUGGGGCUGGCACCCUACCCACUGAGCCACAAGCACUACCCCACAAAAAAUUAUUGAAUAAAAACUGUACAAAUGUGAAGAACUUAACAAGUGUUUAACUUGUCCUCAAACAAUUCUAUAUAUGAAAACUUUAUAUAACAGAGAAAAAUCCCUACAAAUUUGAAGUGUCAAAUCCUAUAAUCUCACACAUUUCAGUACCUAACAGAAUUCCUAGCAAAAUUCUAUAUAUGUGAAGAGUGAGAAAAUGUUUUUAAAUAUUCCUCACACUUUUCUAAUCAUAAUUCAUAUGGAAGAAAUACUCUAGAAAUCUCAAUCAUGUCUCAAGGCCUUAAAAUUUUGUUUAUACUGUUCAAUAGGUCUAAGGAGAGACAAGGGGAAAUGAUAAAUGAUACUGGGAAUUUUUUUGUCCUUAACAAGAGAAACACAUUAACUAGGGGGGCCUUCCAUGGAAAAAACGUUGGCAUUUGAAGAAAGCUUCCAAAACCUGAUGUUUUCCCUACAAAAAAUGGGCCUCAGAGGUAGAGAGGCCACAAUGUGGAGAUAUGACCAAGGCCAGAAAAAGGGAUCUUUGAAGCAGGUAUACAAUUAAGGUGAUGGCAGCUGCAAGUGACCUAUUUUCUAUAGUAUAAUAAAAUUCACACCACUUCUAUCACACUUUACAAAUAAAACGACAACAUGUGGAUAUGGAUUAUAGGGAUAGAAAUGGGAGGACUCUCCAUUCUGGAAGAUUUUUCCCUUUCCAGGAAAAAUCAUGAAUAUUUUACCCCCAUACCACUUAACAUAGAAUUGGAAAAUCUCUAUAAAGGGGAAAAAUCUUACUAAACCCAAGGUCUUCUCUACAUGAAAAUGUAGUGUCUUCCUUCUCUAGAGUGUCCUUUAAUAAACUGACCUUUUGUUUAUUUAUUUAUUUAUUUAUUGGGGGGACUGGUUCUUUAUUUCAAAAAUACAUAUAUCAAUAUUCAGUAUCCAA